AAUUCUGUCACAUUUUAUAGACUUUUCACUUACCUACUUACUUAUUGUCGAAAUCAUUCAUAUCAAUAAAUUACUGUCAUAAAAAAGGAAUGAUGUACACGUGAUCUGAGAUACCAAUAUCUCAAUAUCAAAAGGAUAGUGUCUAGAAACAUUCAUAGUCCAUGGUGGCAGGUAUCAAGUUAAACGAAGUUACACUGACUGGCAAUGUAUACGAUUGCCGUCUCCCUCUCUCACCCCUGACCGCUAUCAGGGUGCUCCUGAGGAUUGAGAAUCUAAUCCUGGUGCGCAUGUAACACAUAAUAGCCGCAUAGUCUUCUCCUCUCUUCUGGGAUAGUUUUUCAGCAAGUCUCUUGUGGUAUCUUGUGGCUUGUGGACCCCAUCCGCCAUUUGUUGAGUAUAUAAGUGGGGUAAAUCUGCUUUUAGUUUGAAAAGCGGGAAAAAUCCAUAUAAGGAGUAUGGAUGAUACAGUUGAUUCUGAUUCUAGAGAGGACUUUUGAUAUUAACAUGGUCACAAAAUGAUGCGACGAAGUCAACAUUUCUUGUCCCUAUUUUGAAGAACUGUACCUCUGUUAGAAUUCAAUAUUCUUUUAAAAAUAAGAUUCUGAAAUUUUAUGAUUUUGUUCAUAGAAGUCCCAAUGGUCUUUCAAUUUGAAAUUGCGAGACGAUGUAAUAAACUUCAUAUUACUGCGGCAGCUGCGUGCUGAUAAAUGUCCUGUGAAUCAAUCCACCCACUAGAGAUGAUAAUAUAUUUUUGUGUUUGGCUGGUUUUAGGCCUGGGUGUGUGCCCCAGAGGUAAAUCGGGUGCUAGUAAAGCUCUCACAGGCAACUGGCUCCUUUUGUCAACUGCUUUUGUUUUAAAGGUACUAACCUACGUCUGGAACCAGAACGGGUAUAAUUGUAAUAUCCCACGAGGUCAGCAUGCUAAAUUAUCUCGUUAAAUUUCGUUUUUUCAACAAUAUUUAGAGUUUAGGCGCGGCACCGCGAAUUUUUGGUGCGGUGCCGAGCGUAAGUUGCAGCCAGCAGCAAAAGAAUUAAAAAUAAAUUUCCUUUACAUAUUUCCGAUCAGAAUAUUUUCGGUUAUAUUGACUGUCAUGUUGAUAUUAUUUAAUUGAUUAAAUUUAUUUUUGUAUUUAAAAAUGAUGUAGAGUAUUUACUAUGACGUAGAAUUAUAGCUAGAUCAGUAUGGCCUAUGCAUGCGCGUCAGAAACCUGCAAGUUCUUUUUAUUUGUUAGUAGAGCAUCUUGGGCUAUACUGGUUCUAACAAGUUUAUUAUCGGAUGUUUACUUAUAUUUAUUGUGAUAUUAUUAUUCAUUGUAAUGGCAAUAAAAUUCAAAUUUGUAUGUUACUAUAUACAAAGGGAGAAGAUAUUUAUAAUAUAACAUAAUAUCUGUUACUACCAUUCUACUGACACCACUAUCUCGACUUCAUUUUGUAAUAGCGCCAAACAAUAUUUCUUUUAGUAACAAAUUCUUUGGAACAAAUUUUUUAAAUGUGUUCAAUUUAUUUUUUUUCUCAGUAAUCAUAAAUUUGUUACUAAAAGUUUCGUCCCAUAAAGCUGAUUACGAUAAUGUACAAAUUAUUUCAAAAUAACGGAUGCUUUCAAAGUUGCAUUUUAAGUCUGAAAUCGAUAAUUUGUUUGAACUUUUAUACACAAAUAUUUCAAAAACGUUGAGGCCUGAUUUUACACCUUGAACUCAGAAUUCCGAGAAAUCCUACUGUAAAAUUAUAAUUACUAACUUCUAGCUUGAUUGCAUAGAAUAAUAACACUAUGUACUUACUGUUGGCCUUGGUAUAGAAUAAUUUCUGUUUUGGCUUUAUUGAGUAUGAGUAACUUGUAGUGAUCAUGUAUGAUUUCUAGAAACUUUAAAUUAAAUUUGGUGCUCACAGGUCCUCAUGAUCAUGUGAUCGCCGCAUGAGGUUCUGUAAAUGCGCGGGGCACCUUCAAGCUUAAAUUAUCCACCUUACUGAGGCAGUCAACCAACGCACAGCUUUAUUUUUAUGAUAUGAUAUGUUUUGAUUGUUAUUAAUAAAUACCACAAUUUAAAUUUGUUUUCCUAUUCGAAUUUUCAGGUGUCCUUGAUAUUGAAACCCCUGUAUUGUAAUGAUUGUAAUGAUUUGUUGACACAAACUAUUAUUCAGAAAUAUGGCAUCAUUAGCAGUGUCCACAUCUGAUGAUGAAAUGAAAGAGAAGAAAAGACGGAUAUUUACCCCCCAUUUUUACUUUUUCCUCUGGUGUGGCUGUAUUGCUGCUCAGUCUAUGUUAGUCUCAGGCUUCUUGAACGUUGUUCUGACCACCAUCCAAGUGGAAUUCCAGAUGUCAAGUGCAAAAGCAGCAUUGUUCCCCAGUAAUUAUGAUAUUGCAGUAGCUGUGACAGUGCUUGUUGUUGCUCAUUUUGGUAGUUCGCACAAACCAAGAACUUUGGGCAUUGGAAUGAUCUUGCUGUCUACAGGAGCCUUGUUCUUUGCACUUCCUCAUUUUAUAUAUGGAAGAGACAAUAUAGUGGAAGCAAAGAACUCAGAUAAAAUGUAUUUAUGUGAAACAUCAGAUUCCACAAAUUCAGAAAUUAAGAGUGACUGCCUUGACGAAACGAUGGGUAAUUCUGGUGCUUAUACAUUAUUAACAAUUGGUUCAAUUUUAAUUGGGCUUGGUGCUUCACCUGUGUACACGGCUGGUACCACUUUUUGUGAUGAAAUCUUUUCACCUCUAAAAGUGAGUGUAUAUUUCGGAAUAUCUUAUGGAAUCGGUGCCGUAGCUCCAGCUGUGGGAUACAUUCUGGGUGGACUAUUUCUGGGAUUUUACAAAAGUCUGGGUGAACCACCAGAAGGUUUGACUGUAGAUAAUGCAAACUGGGUGGGGGCAUGGUGGCUUGGAUUUCUUAUCUGUGCACUUAUUGGAUACAUUUUCGGAUUUCUCCUACUCUUGUUUCCUGCACAGCUACCAGAGUGUGAAGACGUGAAACGAAAGAAGCUUGAGUUGAACAUCCAAAUUGCAAAUGGAGAGGAGGCCCCUACUAAUGAGGCUGCUACCGUUGCUGAGGACCAUACGUUCCUGGCCCUGCUAAAAGACAUGCUCCCCCUUCUCAAGGGAGUCCUCAUGAACCCCGUGUUCGUUCUGAUAGUUCUUGGGUCUAUCACUGAUUCUCUGAUUAUCUCCGCUUUUGCUGCGUGGCUACCAAAGAUGGUAGAGUCCCAGUUCGGAGUGUCAAGUUCUAUAGCAGCCUAUAUAACCGGAGGUGUGACAGUUCCUGGAGCAGCGGGAGGAAUUAUAGUCAGCGGGAUUAUAGUCAAGUACAGGAAGCUGAACGGUCUACAGUGUGCUAAAUGGCAAGCAUUUAUCGGUUUGGUCUGUAUUUUGUCCCAGCUGGGCCUCCUUAUACACUGUCCCACCCUCAACAUUGACGGGAUCAACCCACAAGCUGACACCUCCAAGUGCAGUGCAGCUUCAGCGACAACUUGUAAAGUAGCCUGUCCCGAAAAUGACGUGUACGAGCCAGUGUGUAUUGAUGGCAUCACAUACACGACACCCUGUACCGCCGCUUGUACCAGUUACAAUGCCACAUCUUCCGAUUUCUAUGACUGUUGCGGCGCUGAAACAAUCGCCACAGCCGGAUCUUGCGAUACACAAUGCAAAUGGCUGAUACCUUACAUUAUCUGCCUUUUCUUAAUAAUGUUCUUCACCUUCCUCAAUAAUGUCAUAUUCCUCACUGUUAACUUACGGUGUGUGAAGGACAGCGAGCGAGUAAUGGCGAUAUCUUUACAGAGUGUAGCUUUUAGGGUGUUUGGCGCAUUUCCAGGACCGAUCAUACUCGGAGCAUUUAUAGACAAAGCUUGCAUCCUUUGGAACGAAAACGAGUGCGGUGAGAAGGGCGCUUGUCAAGAAUACAACAACUCCGAACUGAUGACGGGAGCCGUUACCAUGGCAAUGAUCGCCAAAAUAGUCGGCACCAUUCUCUACUUCAUCGGCUGGAGGCUAUGGGCCCACAGAGAGGCACAAAACUCCUCGAUACCCUAUUCGGACGAUGUUAAAUGUGGAGUUGUAACCAAUGCUGUAACCGCUGAUAACGAAUCAGACGAUCUUGAGUUAAAAGAAGACCUUAGUAAAGUUGAACUUUCAAAUAUAUCUUUGUAGAGAAGGGAGUUUGUGUUAUCCUGUUCGGGAGAUGUGUAAUUCUUUAGUUCUUUCCAUAAUUCCCAGUCAGUAAUAAUGAGCCUUAAUCACUGGGACUACGUUGUACCUCUUAAAUUAAAAGUGAUAAAACUUUACCCAGUAUUAUACAUCUUCCGUAGCAUUAACUCUUUCAUUUCAUUGCAAUUUCAUCCUAAAAUUCCUGUCAUGUUGCAUUAAAUAUUUUUGUGUUAACCAUUAUAUUAGAUAAUUUUCGCCGUUUGUUUACCCGUAUGAUGUAUAUAAUAAGUAACACAUCCAAAUAGAAACCACGUGUUUGGGGUUAACAACGUUCUGUUUUACAAUAAGUGACUUCCAGGUAGGCGAUGCUUUACAGAGUGUACAGUUGAAUAAGUUUAGAUGUAAUCUAGUUAAGUAAAAGUUAAGUAAAAAUGAUUUAUAGUGUUUGUAGUUGUAAUAUGAAUCAGUGAUCGCAAGCUGGGGGAAAUUACUGACGAUUAUUUAAUAGAGUUGUAAUAUUUCAAGUUUAAAAUAGAACUAGAUAGAGGUUGUAUAUUGUAAACUAUUCGAUCGAUGGAAGACUGUCCGGCAAUUAUAUAUCAAUGUUUAAGAAUUUUUAACCAUUUAGUCGUUAUGAUCAGCUACAAAAUUUUGAUAGUGUAAGAUUUUUAAAUUUCUGUGUUUUAAUAUUGAAAUUAGAUUACUUAGUUUCACAUGAAAUAAUAAAA